CAAGAAAAGAAAGUUCAGCAAAAUAAAAGAGGCAAAUCGAUUAAAUCAAAUUGGUUAAGUCAAUUAAUUAUGGAUUUAAGUAAACUGCCGAACGAUAUGAAACUGCAAUUGUGCAAAUCAUAUUUUAAAGUUGGUUGUCUGUUCCUACCGUUUGUGUGGGCGGUGAAUGUGUGUUGGUUCUUCCGAGAUGCAUUCAUAAAACCAGCAUAUGAUGAGCAGAAACUAAUAAAGAAAUUUGUGAUAAUGAGUGCAAUUGGAGCUUUCGUGUGGGCUGUUAUAUUGGUUACGUGGAUUACGGUGUAUCAAACAAACAGAGUGUCGUGGGGAGCUACAGGCGACGCACUAUCCUUCAUAGUACCUUUAGGACGAGCCUAGAAAUGUAGAUAAGCAAUAUGUAUUUUUAUUAAUAAGACUUUUUCAUUUUAACUUGUUGGACAGUAUUUAAGGGAGAUUGUGUGGUGCUCUUAAUUAUUUAAUAAUUAUGGCGUGUUAGUUAAGCUAUUUACGACCAGACUACACAGCAAUCUAUGUUGAGUCAUGGCUUGAAAAUUAUGUUUAUUGGAAUGGACUCUCUUAAUGCACAUUUUGUUCGCGGGCUGAGAAGCUAAACCGAAAGACCUUUUUUGCAAAAAAUUUUCAGUUACUUUCCGAUCACCUACGAAACAAACAUUUUUCUCUUCAAUCAGCUUGCCGUCAGAUAUUGAGAAUAUGCAAUUUGAAAUAAACA